CACUGCAUUCCGAAACAGAGGAAUUCCCCCUCUCUGUCUCUCUCUCUCUCACUCAUACACACUCCAUCAAGAAAGCUGGCUGCAAUUGCUCACAGAUCUAGCAGAUCUUAACAACAAGCAAUGGAUUCCUGCUUCAGAUCUCUCACCAGAAUUUCAAUUCCCACCAUUUUUCUUGCAAUCUUGCUUUCUUCAUUCAGUUUCACUUGCACAGAAGCCUACGAUGCACUUGACCCGAAUGGAAACAUCACAAUCAAGUGGGAUAUUAUUAGUUGGACACCUGAUGGUUAUGUGGCAGUUGUUACAAUGUACAACUUCCAGCAAUACCGCCACAUUUCACCGCCAGGGUGGACCUUAGGUUGGACCUGGGCCAAAAAAGAGGUAAUAUGGUCCAUGAUGGGGAGUCAAGCCACCGAGCAAGGAGACUGUUCAAAAUAUAAAAGCGCACAACCGCAUUGCUGCAAGAAAACUCCAACCAUCGUAGACUUAUUACCCGGAACCCCUUACAAUCAGCAGAUCGCUAAUUGCUGCAAGGGCGGUGUCAUCAACUCGUGGGCCCAAGAUCCCAACAACUACGCCAGCUCAUUCCAGGUCAGCGUUGGUGCCGCCGGAACCACCAACAAAACCGUCAAGCCGCCCAAAAACUUCACCUUGCUUGCACCCGGCCCUGGCUAUACUUGUGGACCCGCUAUCGUUGGUAAACCGACAAAGUUCAUUACCGCAGAUGGAAGAAGAGUAACUCAAGCUAUGAUGACAUGGAAUGUUACGUGUACAUAUUCACAAUUUUUGGCUCAGAAAACGCCUACUUGUUGUGUAUCGCUCUCUUCUUUCUACAACGAGACGAUCGUACCCUGCCCUACAUGCACAUGCGGAUGCCAAAAUAACGCUACUCACCCGGGUAGUUGUGUAAACCCGAACUCGCCAUAUUUAGCGUCAGUUGUUAACGGUCCUGGUAAAAACAGCUUUACACCCCUGGUUCAAUGCACGAAACAUAUGUGCCCGAUUCGGGUUCACUGGCACGUAAAGCUUAAUUACAAGGAAUAUUGGCGUGUGAAGGUCACCAUUACAAAUUUCAACUACCGGAUGAAUUACUCACAGUGGAAUUUAGUCGUUCAACACCCCAACUUCGACAAUCUUACGCAAAUAUUCAGUUUUAAUUACAAACCGUUGACUCCUUAUUCUUCUAUAAAUGAUACUGCUAUGCUAUGGGGGGUUAAAUUUUAUAACGAUUUUCUGAACCAAGCUGGACCGUUGGGGAACGUACAGUCAGAGUUGCUAUUUCGCAAAGAUAAAUCGACUUUCACGUUCGAAAAGGGUUGGGCGUUUCCUCGAAGAAUUUAUUUCAACGGUGAUAACUGUGUGAUGCCGCCACCUGAUGCAUACCCGUAUCUCCCGAAUGCUGGUUCGCGUUUAAGCUUCUCUUUACUUGCGUUAUUGAUGGCGUGUUCGGCUGUUUUCUUUGUUUUGUUUGAUGUUUGAGCAGCAGCAGACCUUGAAGAUUUGUUUGAUAUGUAGGUGAAUUCACCUGUUGGUAUUACAUGUAUUAUCUUGUAGAGUAGUUGAAGUUAUAGUGUUGUUUACAGUUGUAUAAUUAAAAAACAUGCAAAUGAUAAGUUAAAUUCAAUAUUCGAUUUUGGUUAUGAAUUCAUAUAA